UUGGGAAGGAAGACGAAUUUUUGUCCGAUUUUCCCCGCAGCCGCAGCGUCGAUGAGAAGCAGUCGAGGAACUCCAUUCUAACUGAAUGGAUUGGUAUGGGGAGAAGCGGACCACAGAUCACGGCUAAGCGGCAGCUUUUGGACUGUGUAACGUUGACGAUGGUUUUACUUUCUCUGCUGUUUCGACCAGCUCACUGCCAGCAGUGUCGAAUCCAGCGCUGCAACGCGGAUUAUGUGUCCUCCACCUCGCCCUCUAGUGGUCUGCAGGAUGACGUGGCUCUAGAUGUGGACUACUGCAUUGCCUUGCGGGCCUACGCUCAGUGCACCCGGCGGCAGGCGCGCAGCUGCAGGGGUGACCUGGUCUACCACUCGGCCGUCUUCCGCAUUAAGGAGCUAUUCUCUCAGCACAACUGCUCCAGCGACGGGCCCACCUCCUCCGCCAAGGUCCCCAGUACGCCUCGCCCGGCCGUGUCGGAGCUGUGCGACUACGAGAACCGGGUCCUCAUGUCGGGCUCAGCCGGGCAGAAGAAAUACGCCCACUGUGGAUUAUUCGGAGACCCGCACCUACGGACUUUCCGCGACGAGUUUCAGACCUGCAAGGUGGAAGGGGCGUGGCCUCUGAUUGACAACCGCUUCCUGUCGGUGCAGGUGACCAACGUGCCCGUUGUGCUCGGCUCCAGCGCCACCGCGACCAGCAAGAUCACUGUGAUCUUCAAGUCCUUCCACGGCUGCACGGAUCAGAAGGUGUACCAGGCCACCACAGAUGAUCUGCCGAUGGCCUUCCAGGACGGGACUCGCAGCGGCGGCGAGAGCCUGACCAUCGCGGAGCGCGGCGGCUCUGGAGUGAGCCGCCAGGUGAAGAUACAGGCCCGUUACAUCGGCACGUCCAUCAUCGUCCGGCGCGUGGGCAGCUACCUGACCUUCGCCAUCCGCAUGCCAGAGGACACCCUGGACUUUUCGGACAACGGCGGUCUGCAGCUGUGCCUGCACGGCUGCCCACGCAACGAGCUCAUUAAGGAGCACACGCUGGGCCGCCAGAGCCAGGAGCCCCGCCUGCAGGGCACCAACACGGAGCUGGGUCCUCUGCGGCCUCCUCACCAGGUCUACACGGUGGAGCGGGCCACGGCCAAGUGUAGGGAGACACUGCAGGUGGAGGACGUGUACUUUCAGUCCUGCGUGUUUGACUUGCUGACCACGGGGGACCCCGAGUUCUCCAUGGCGGCCUUCGGCGCUCUGGAGGAUUUAAAGGCGCUGCCGCCGAGCAAACUGAGGCAGAACUCCCCGAGGACUCCUCGUCUUUACAACCGAGCAGCGUCGCACAUGGUGGCUGCAGCAGCCAACGGCUCCCUGCUCUCACUCCUGCUCCUCAGUCUGCUGCUUUUGUAAAAAAAAAAAAAAAAAAAUAUAUAUAUAUAUAUAAAUGAUUUAAAAAAACAAACAAAAGAGAAACCUGGAGACAAACAGAACGUGGAAGCAUUACCAGCUUGAGGAAAGAGUGAGUAGAGCUCAGACAUAUAUAUAUGUAAUUUCUUUGUUUGGGGGGGGGGGGUUGGGCAAUUUGUGAAUGUUGUCAUUUGAAGGAUUUCACACUCAUUAAAUAUGUUGGUUUUUUCCCACUUCACAUUUCCCGUGGGAUCCAUGAGUGACAUCAGUUGAAAUGCAUGAACUGAGGUUUGGGGUCCAGCUCAUCAUGUUUCCACAUGCUCACUGUUAAUCGGUUCACGGCAGCUAAACGGCAUUGAGUUGUUUUGGUUUUUUUGUAAAUAGAAGAGUCGUCAUCGUGCACAACCUUCAAACACUCCACCGCGCAUGAAGCUGCACAUGUAUCUCCGUACUGUAUGUAAGCAGCGUGGCUCCUAGAUCCUGUAUAAUCCAGUAUUAUCAAUAGCAUGCAACGGUUUUAACAGAAAGUUUUGUGUGCUCAGAUGUCAUUUCUUUGUCGAUUUCAACAGUUCAUUUCAGAAACCUGGUACGAUAAAUACACAGGAUCCAACAACUGUAUGUAAAAAACUACCUAUCCAUAACAUAUGGCGUGUCAGUGUGAUAUUCAACAGUCCUCUGCUGUGAAACACUCCCUCUUCAAGCUGUUUGGCUUCCAGUUUUAAAAAAAACACAAAUCUUUAUAUAAUAAUAUAUUAAAAGAGUGUAUAUAUGUGUUUUAUAUAGUGUACAUUUGCUUGUGUAUAGAUGUUUUAACUGUAAUGUGUUUUACAUUUGUUGUGUUUUUAGUAGGUUAUUUUGAGACAUUGUAACUAAUAUGCGUUUUCUGUAUUAAAGUGUUGGACACUCCGGA